AAAUAAAGUGGUGUGAUGUGACGAAAAUCAGAUCGAUUGAACUUUGCGCGUAUACAUAGUUUAUACACACAAGGAAACCACGCUGCUUUUUCGUUUAAAGAUAAGGCGACAGUCGUUGCCCGCUCGUAGUGUUUGAUGAAUAUCCGCGUAAUCAGUUUACCGGUGUGUUACUUUCAUUUGACAAUUAUAGACUUUGAACAGUAUUUCAUCACACAAAGUUCAUUCAUUCGACAAAGACUAGGUGUGUAAAGUGUUCAAAAAAGUGAGAUACUUUUUUUACGUGUAUUAAAACUUUAUGUACAAGUGGACAUUCUGUACAGCAAGAGUCGCUAAUAAAUCAAGAUUUUAGGUAUGGUGUCAAAAUGGACUCUCGUAAUCUUUGGAUUUCUUUUUCACGUCUCAUUUAUGGAAAAAAACGAUUUGCAAUCAACAAUUGAUUGGAGUACUUUAGAAUAUGAAGAUGCUUGUCUUCUAAUUGCCAAUUCUACAUGGGAAUUUCUUAAAAAUCCUACAAAUCACACACUUCACAUUUGGGAAGAUGCUCAAUUUGAAAAUAAUUACGUAAAAGAACACGAGAGAAAUGUAACGACAGAAUUAUUUCAUGAAAAAAAACAUAAUUUUGAUGAGCAAAUAAAAUUACUACAGAAACCAGGCGAUGCCUUAAUAAACCAAGAAAAUUGGAGAAAUCUCAAUCAUUUUGCUGGAAUUGCAGAAUUAAUGAGACACAAAUUAGCGAAUUCAGGCAAAUUAUCACGAGAAGUUGCGGAGAAUUUAUUGUCACGCAGCGGUGAAGCAAAAGAAAAAUUAGAUGUCUGGUCUAGUUGGCACAAUCAUUUGGCACCUUUGCAAACAAAUUUUUCGAAAAUUCUGCCUCUUGUCAACGAAGCAGCUCAAAUUAAUGAAGAACAAAAUGCCAAAACUUACUGGGAGAUGUUAUCCGCAUAUCCAGAUGGUUAUGAUGAUUUAAAAUCCUAUUGGGAUGAAAUUUCCAGUCUACACAAGUCCCUCGUAACUUUAGUUGCCGAUCGUUUAUCUGCAAAAUAUAAAAUUUCAUUAAAUAAAGUCGUCCCUGCACAUUUAUUAGGUUCUUUACAAGGCAAUGAUUGGACAAAUCUCAUGACCGACAUCAUUCCACAUACCGAUCGUAUUUUCAAAAUAAAGGAAAACAUGUGGCAAAAGAAUUUAUUAGGAGAAAAUUUGUAUAAAGUCGCUUCACAAUUGGGUGUGUCAAUGUUAAAAACUUCACCAGAAGCAAGUUUUUGGGAAAACAGUGAAUUUAACAAAACAUGCCCAACAAGAAUUAUAAACUUUUGCCGAGAAGGAAGAAUGAGAGUUUUUACUUGUUACGAAGCGUCUCUAUCGAAUUACAUAACUGCCCAUAAAAAUGUCGGCAGAAUUUUAUUCAAUCAAUUAGCAUCGAGAACGUCAAAUCCAAUUUUUGAAAUUUCCAAUCGAUUUUCUGUUUUAGAAGAAAGUUUCGUUGAAUAUUUUGGUCUAAUGUCAAUGAGUCCAAUUUGGUUGCAAACAACUGGAUUGGUGGAUAAAGAAAUAUGGGAAACAAAUGAAAAUUUAGCUGAAGACAUUAGAAUAAUAUCAAUGUUAGAUAUUUUACCACGAUUGGCAUAUUACAUCUCGGUAGAUUAUUGGAGAUUAAAUAUUUUGGAAAAAAAUAUCACCGACUCGAAGGAAAUCGUUUCAUUAUGGUGGAAACACAGAUUAGAAUACGAGAGUGUAACAACGGACUUGAAGGAAAUUCCAUCGUUUCUAAAUGAUGAAUUUAUCACGAGCAAUAAACCUUAUCUUUCAAAAUUUGUUGGUACUCUUCUUGCUUUUCAAUUGUACAACCAAUUCCAUUCAGGACUGGAAUUAAAAUUUACUCCAAUUACUUCUAAUCAUCUUUUUGCAAAAAUUGCCGUAAAUUCUAGUCGAGAAAAUUGGUUGGAUUCACUAAUAAAAUUAACUGAAAAUGAAAUUGACGAAGUCUCAACAUAUUCGUUGACGUCUUAUUUUUCAUUUUUUGACAAUUAUCUAAAGGAGCAGAAUAAUACAAAUUUUCCAAUACCUGUGAAUAAACAAAGUGAAUUUGAAAAACAAGAAGCAAUUUAUCGUGAAAAAGCUCUUGUUCCUACAACGACGACGACGACAACUACAACAACAACAACAACAACAACGACAACUAAAAAACCAAUUACAAAAAAAGGAAAGAAAGCUUCUUCUUUGAAAAUUUCCACAGUAUCUGAAAUUUCACCCACAGAGGCUACAAAAGCGAAAAUUUAUAAUUUAGAAAUUCUCGAAACAGAAAAGAAAGAUGAAAACAAACCAAAGCCAACGAAUAAAGCCGUUUAUGCAGUGGGUGCCGUUCUUGUGGCGACGAUAUUAGUUUGUGUUAUUGCCAUUUUUGGCAGAAGAAGAUGCACCAAAACGCCAAAGAAUCGAAGAUACGUUUAACGUAAAAAAAAAAAAAAAAUUCAUUCAAAACAAAAAUAACUUCCAAAAAAAUACAUCUUUAUUUUAGCUCCUCUUUUUCGUUUUUUUUUUCGUUUUCAAUUAAGUUAUUGUAAUUUAAUAAUUUUAAUUUUUGUAUUUCGUUUUGUUUUGUUUGUACAUUUAUAUUAUUUAAUUAUAUAUUAUUAAUACUGAAAUGAAAAGAAAACAAUUUUUAAUCAAAAAUUUGAUUUUAAAUAUUUAAAUAUUUACUCUAUAUAAUAUAAGAAAAAAGAAAAAAAAUUUUAAAAUAAUAUAUUGAUAUAAUCAAUAUUGAAAGUUACAUAAAACGCAGUAAAAUAUCGGUAGUGAUAAUAAUUAAUAAUAAUAAUAAUAAUAAUAAUAGAGAUAAUAAUGAAAAUCGUUAAACUCGUAAAUUUUUUGAAAAUAUGAUUUUUUUUAAAUUUAUUUUUGUGGAAUUUUUUUUUUUAUAUUUCUCUGUGGUUUAAAAAUUAAAAAACAUAAAGGAAAAUGAAUUCUUUUUUAUCUGAUAAAAAAGGGAAAAUUAUUCUUUAAAAUAAUUGCAUAUUUUUAGUUAUAAUUCACAUUCUUCUAUAUAACAAAUUUUUAUCGUAUUUUUAAUUAAAUUAGAAAAUUCAUAUGAAACAUUUAAUUAAAAAAAAAAAAAAUGUUUUUUAAUAUUCUUUUUAUUUUAUACUUUCCUAUAAAGAAAACAAUUUGUUUCUUUAAUAGCCAAAGAAAAACAUUUUGCUUCCAUUUUUAAAAAUGAAAUAUAAUUCAUAAAAAAUAAAUAAUCCACUAAAUUAUUAUUAUAAUAAUAUAAUACAUUAAUAAUAAUAAUAUUUAAACGAAAAAAAAUGAAUUAGAAAGAAAAAUUGAAAAGUAGAGUUCAAACAGUAAAGAUGUAUUUUAUCAGUUUUUUUUUUUUUUUUUUUUAAAUUUUAUAGAAACGAGAAUUUUGAAGGAACUUAAGUUCUGGAGAAAUAGAGCCAAAUAUAUUUUUUAAGAAAAGCGUUUUUUAAAGACAUUUCCUGUCUAUAAAGUUUUAAGCUUUCACUACAAUACACCAAAAAAAAAGAAAAAAAAGAAAAAAAUUAUUUGGACAAUUGAAAAGCAAUAUUAAACUUUUUAAACACUUUGUCCAUUUUUGUGAGGAGUUCAAUAUACAUUCCCUUAUUUUUGUUUAAAAAUAUUAGUCUUCAAUUUCCUCGAAUUAAAAUUAAUUUAAUUUCGAUUUUCAUUCUUUAAUUAAUUUUAAUUAUACAAUAAUUUGUAGAUAAAUAAUUCCACGAUCACAAUGAAACAAAAAAAUUACCGGAAAAAAGACGUUCAUUACUUUUGAUAUUUCAUAAUAAUUGAAAUUUAAUUAUCAAUCAAAUUAAUAAUUAAAUUUAAAAAAAAAAUGAGCAAUUAAAUUAAAGAAUAGAUUAAUAAAAUAAAUGAAUAUUAAAUCAAUUAAUAAGUAAUUAUAUUUGAUGUCUAAUAAAAAAAAAAAUUCCAAAUUGCAAUUUUUUACUUAUUAAACAAAUUUCUCAAUAAAUAAUGAAAUUUUUUACUUAUUAAACAAAUGUUUCAAUAAAUAAUGAAAUUAUUAAAUAAUUAAUCUAAUUUAAUUAAACGCUUCUUGAAAUAUUCAGAUUCACUUUUAUUUUGAUUGUGAUCGUAAAAUUAUUUUAAAUAAAAUAAAAUUUUUCGAAAUCUAGAAAAAAAAAGACAACCCCUCACAUUAUUUAUUAAACAAGUGCCCAAUAACGAAAGCAGUAUUGUCUGAAUGACAACAAAGUUUCUUUACUUAAAAAACAAAAAAAAAAAAAAAACACGACAAUACAAAAUCAGUUUAAUUUAUUUCCCAAACGAGAGAAGACUUUAGAAGUUGACAAAUAUGUAAAAAGUAAUAAUAAUAAUAACACGCACAAAUUAAUUAUUAGAAAUCGAAACUAUAAUUUUUGUUUUUAUAUAAUAAUUCCAAAAAUUAAUUAUUAUAUAGCUUUGUCAAUUUAAUUUCUAAGAUGCUCAAAUGCCCCCCCUCAAAAAAAAAAAAAAAAAAAAAAUACUACGAACCAUUAUGAAAGAAAAAUGACAAAGCUAUUUUUUAUAUAAAUUUAUAGAGACUUUUUGAGAUCGCUUAUAUAUUAGAAGGUAAAUAGUUUUUGAUAAUCAUUUUUAUGUAAAAUUCUACAAUUUGCAAAAAAAAAAAGAAAAAAAAACAUGUGUAAGUGAAAAAUUUUUGAGAUGCGGUUUUUGCGCCGUCAAUUUUGUAAAUAUAUAUAGUUAAUUUAGCUAAUAGAACAGAUUCAGGUUGUAUUUGUGAGUAGAUUUUAAUGUCUUCGUAUAUAAAUAUUUUUUUCUAUGUACAAUUGACAGUGCGAAUUCUGUGUAUGGGAUAUUUUUCGAGUUUGAUUGUGCGUUCUCGUAUCUUUGUAAGAUUUCUAUUUUUUAUAAAACUAUUUAUUCUGUA